AUGUCGCGAUACCUCGACUCCGCCCAGCCUUCCGCGGAUCCCUUUCUCCGCCGCUCGACCUUCCGCCUCGAUCUUCCGCUCACCGCCGCCGCGGCGCCUAUUUCCCCCGCGUCUCCUUCCCCUCACGCCGCCGCCUAUUCCGCCUCCGGUUCCCCUCUCCCCUGUUCCGCAGACCGCUUCCAUUAUUCCCCCUCCGCUAGCUAUUACUCCGCCUCCCCCGCCCCCUACGCGCAUCCGGCCGCGCAUCUCCACUGCUACUCCGCCUCCCGUUCCGCCUGGGCGCAGCCCGCCGUCAUUCCCCAGAGCCAGAGCGCGACCGCGAAGGGGGACCCGUACGCGUUUCUGCACGCCAGCCCGUUUCGUUACAGUCACGACUGCUACGACAGCGACGAGGAGAAAAACGGCUACGCUGGCGACGACGGCGGAGACAAUCAAAAUGGCUCGGAAAUCGUUCUGGACCCAUCCAAAACGGUCCAGUGGUUCGGGGACUGGGAUGACGGGCGCACCUGGAAAGAAACUCGCUCAAGAACCCACAGGUGGAAACCGGAAGAUACCCUCGCCAUCCCAGGGUUACCAGGAAGAAUACCCAUGGGGAAAAUGGUGGAAUACGUGUGGCUGCUUCUCCUCCUAGCCAUGGCGGUUACUGCUGCUGGACUAGUGCUCUUCUCUCUGCUGUUCUGGGCUCCUAUGGUUACUGAGGGACCUACGACUGCUAAGGGAACCAGCGGGACUGUGUGGCUGGCGGUUAUGGGUGUGCUGGGAGGGAGAGGCGUGGUGCUGGGUUCUUACUGCUUCGUGCUCUGGCUGCUCCUGCAGGGGAAAGACAGGGGAAAGAGUGCAAGCAAGCAGCAUGCUAUGCUUCUGCAGACCUCUCAACAGCAUCCCUCCUAG